AAGCGCCGGGAAGGUGAUAAUAACUGCGCUGGGAAUCGGGUGCAAUUGGCGUUUGCCUGCACAUGGCUUGCCAAGCUCCGGGUGACGGGAACCGGGGCUCCUAAUGAGUUUCCCAGAGGCUGGGAUCUGAACGUCGCCGCUCUCCUCCCGUUAGAGCCGCCGCCCGGCUUCUCUCCAUCCUCCCCGAGGUCUCCGAAGGAAGCAGCGCUCAACAGGAUCCGGGCGAGCUUUGGGCAGGCGGGUAGCAGGGUCGCACUGGGGCUCCGGGACGGCUCCCGGUGCUCCCCUCUGCGCUGCCGGGGAACUUGGAAUCAUAGAAUCACUAGCAUGGCCCUGGAGCGGCUCGGGGAUGCCCUGCUCGGCGCCCCUUCCUUGCAAAGCUCCCUCCUGCUGCUCCUCUGCCUGCUGGUCGCCAUCCACCUGGGCAAGCUCGCCGUGCAGCAGCACCGCCGGCGGCAGCGCCGGGCUCCGCCGGGCCCUUUCCCGUGGCCCCUGAUCGGCAACGCGGCGCAGCUGGGCAGCGCCCCGCACCUCUCCUUCGCCCGGCUGGCCGGCACCUACGGCGCCGUGUUCCAGCUGCGCCUGGGCCGGUGGCCCGUGGUGGUGCUGAACGGCGAGCGCGCCAUCCGCCAGGCGCUGGUGCGCCAGGGCGCCGCCUUCGCCGGCCGCCCGCCCUUCCCCUCCUUCCAGCUGGUGUCGGGCGGGCUCAGCCUGGCGUUCGGCGGCUACUCGGAGCUCUGGAAGCUGCACCGGCGGGCGGCGCACGCCACGGUGCGCGCCUUCUCCACCGGGAGCCCCGCCACCCGCCGGCUGCUGGAGCGGCACCUGCUGGGCGAGGCGCGGGCGCUGGUGGCGCUGCUGGUGAGCGGCAGCGCCGGCGGCGCCUUCCUCGACCCGUCGCGCGUCCUGCUGGUGGCCGUGGCCAACGUGAUGAGCGCCCUGUGCUUCGGGCGCCGCUACAGCCACGGCGACGGCGAGUUCCUGCGGCUGGUGGGGCGCAACGAGCAGUUCGGGCGGGCGGUGGGAGCCGGCAGCCUGGUGGACGCGCUGCCCUGGCUCCAGCGCUUCCCCAGCCCCGUGCGCGCCGCCUACCGCGCCUUCCGAGACCUCAACCGCGACUUCUACGGCUUCGUGCGCGGAAAGUUCCUGCAGCACCAGCGCAGCCUGCGCCCGGGGGCCGCCCCCCGCGAUAUGAUGGACGCCUUCAUCCGCCUGCAGCGGGAGCAGCCGCGCCUGCAGCUCGAGCACGUCCCCGCCACCGUCACCGACAUCUUCGGGGCCAGCCAGGACACCCUCUCCACCGCCCUGCAGUGGCUCCUCAUCUUCCUCAUCAGGUAUCCGAAUGUGCAGGCUAAAAUGCAAGAAGAAGUGGAUAGGAUUGUUGGAAGAGACCGUCUGCCAUGUGCUGAAGAUCAGCCUCACUUGCCAUACAUCAUGGCUUUCUUGUAUGAAUCCAUGCGUUUCAGCAGCUUUGUGCCUGUCACUAUCCCACACGCCACCACAACCAACACCUUCAUAAUGGGCUACCUCAUCCCAAAGGACACGGUGAUAUUUGUUAAUCAGUGGUCAGUGAAUCACGAUCCAGCAAAAUGGUCCAACCCGGAAGAUUUUGAUCCAACAAGAUUCCUGGAUGAGAAUGGAUUAAUCAAUAAAGAUCUCACUAGUAGCGUGAUGAUUUUCUCAUUGGGAAAACGUCGAUGUAUUGGAGAGGAGUUAUCCAAGAUGCAGCUGUUUCUCUUUACCUCCAUACUGGUGCAUCAGUGCAAUUUUACUGCUAAUCCAAAUGAGGACCCUAAAAUGGACUUUACCUAUGGGUUGACCAUUAAACCUAAGCCAUUUACCUUGAAUGUUACACUUAGAGAGUCCAUGGAUUUGCUUGAUCAGGCUGUCCAAAGACUGCAAGCGGAGAAAGCAGCCAAUGAAAAUCAGCCGUUCACAAAUGCCUAAGCAACAAACCGUGCAUCUAAGGAUAGUCCCUCUCUCUCUUUUUAGACUUAAGUAAGUUAUAGUUUGUUCCGGUGAUCUUUUUGGAAAAUAGCCAAUAUUACAAGUUACAAGAGCAGGAAGGAGAACUGCACAAGAUGUAAUUCAGUCCUCUGGUUAAUGCUAGAAGGAGAGCCAACAGAACAAUUUAAUAUAUUAAAUGGUAAAACAUAUGCGAUUUGAAAGUAACCCUUUGCUUUUCUAGUUUGUUCACAGAAGUCACUGUUGUAAAGAGCUUUUUAUCUACUGACUGAUUGGAGCAUCUCCAGGAACUGUUUGUACAAUCCUUUCCGUGUCUUCAUGCACUAUGCCUUAACUCUAAGUUCACCUUCAGCAACUCCACAUCCCAAAGUGAAAUCUCUUUUUUUAAUUUGUUUUUUUUUUUUUUUUAAAAAAAGGGUUUCCCAGAAUAUUGCAGCCUGCCUCUGAGUUCACUCUACUGGGAACUGCCACGUAGCUCCUGUUGUGACUGCUGGGAUGUACAUUAAUGCCUCAAUAAUAAAUGGUCAAAUGAUUUUUGGUAAAAUGACAAUGUAAAGUCUUGCCUUUAGCAUUCCAAAAUGUUUACAUAAAUGACUGAAAAAGAAGAGUUGCUUAUAAAUACAGUUGAAAAUAAAAUUCUUUUUUUUUUAUAUGUGAGUGAACAGAAUGUCCUAAUAUAGAAACUUUUCAUUAAGUUUUGAAAGAUAAGAUUUGAUAUGUCGCCAAAUGGCAAGAGUGAUACAAACCAUAUGCUAAUCUGCUUAUUACCAUAUUAAUGAACAAAGUAGAUAUUUUAAUUAGAAAGUUUUAUAAAGGUAUAGCUGAACUUUGUAUUCCUAUAGUAAAGAGUUAAUAUCCCUGGGCACAGUAAAAUCCACAUGGACAAGGUAUUUGAAAGCGAGAAUGUGGAGGUUUUACAUUCAAACUUUGACACUGCAAGCCUCAAAGCGUACAGCGACUAGACCCCUGCUCACUAGUCAUGCUGUUAUGUUGAGUUAAAUGGUUUAUCAGAAAAAUCAUCUAUAUACUUCUAGUAUGAUUUGCUUGCAACAAGGUCUCAGAAUGAAAAUUGACAUUACAUGUCCCAAUUAAUCACUCAGUAACUGAAAAAAAAGUACUUCUAAAAUAUUUGUGAGGCAAAGAACAUAUUUUUUUAAAAACCCCUCCAAAACUAUUUUAGAGUAAUCCACCGACAUGAAACUUUGUGGCCUUGAACCUCUGGCUAAUGCUUGUGUAGACAAAGCGUGAUGUAUUUCUCUAAAGAGCAAACAACUCCAUGUGAAUACCUGGUUGUGAAAAGUGUUGGGCACAUCUUUGGAGUUGCAGAUCACCUUCAAUCACAUAUGAAAUCCAUCAUAAAUGAUAAUACCUCACAUGACUUGCUGUGUUCAGCCUAGUACUAAAUAAGGUAUUAGAGCUAGAAAAAUAAGAAGCUUUGCUACUGAUUUUAAUAACCUGAAUCCAGCCUAAAAGUACUGUUCUGUAAACCCACAUAGUAGUAAUGUACCUGUUUAAAAUCAUAAGGCACCCGUUUUCAAUUUUUGAAGCGGAGAAAGCUUUGUUACAUACACAAGGAGUAGCCUCAGGUGAUUUUCUGUAUUACGUUUAAGUUUUCAAUAUCCCAGAACUUAGCCUAUACCUGUGAAAAGCAUUUUAAGAUACUCAGCAUUUUUGUAUGGAGAUCUACAUUAGAUCAAGUGCUAGCAAGACCAUUUUCCUUGUACCUUUGUAAGUAUUGUUAUUAAAAUAUAUAUAAAAGAUGUAACCUACAACAGAAUAGUUAUUCUAACACAAGGAUCAGCAAUUCGUAUUUUAAUAAAAGUGGCUUUUGCAAUUUUAUACUCUUUCAAAAGCUUUAACUAUGCAUUGGCUACUAGUGCAGCUUCCAUUCACACUGCUCAUGCCUGACGGGGUCACACACAAUAUAGCUGCUGAACAGAGAACGCCUUGUAUAAUCUGUGAAGUUACUCAAAUUUAGUAGCGCUGAUUUAGAAUGUAUGCAGUUGUUCAGCAAGCUAACUUUUAUGGUCAUGUUGAGAUGUAUCAUUGUGUUACCAAAAUACUAAAUAAAAGUAUUCUUAC